CUGCUUCGUACAAAGGCAGCCGCACGGGUCGCGUAGGAGGCAGGCGCAAUGCGACUCCAACGCGCCUGGCCUCUUACCCUCUGAUCUCCCGAAAACAAACGCGCGCGUUUCUCUCACCUAGCCAGAGCUGCAUCUACCGCUGCACUAGCCGGCCUCGCAAGGCGUCAGUAUUCUUAUGGCUCCGUUCCGAAACAGAGACCGGUCUAACCGGUCUGGACGUGGUCAAGUUGAACACAAUGUUUUGGAGGGCUUGCCCAUCAACCAGUACCGGGAGGUCGAAAUUACCAUUGGACCCAGUUCUACCGAAACCAAACAUGUGGACAAAGAUGCAUGGCCCGAACUCCCCAUGCCUAGAGAUGCUCACCUGCUACCUGAACAUUCUCAGCAGCUACUAAGAGCGGCGAGAGCGGGUAAGGUUACCAAAGCACCUGCACCGCCUGAAGAGGAUAUCGAGAAUCGCGAAGAAGAAGACGACCACAAAGAAGUGCCCCAAGGAUUCACUGUCAAGAAAUGGGUCAAAGUAGCCAGACAUCUCGAGGGUCCCGAGCCCGAGUAUCUGGCCAAGAGAAGGAAAGGGCUGCCUUCGCAAUAUGUACCUGGCCAAGUUGCGACGCAGCCCCUGAGGGAGACUAAGGUGAAGAAAACCGACGCAGAAGGCAACGUUGUCGUGUACAAGGCUUUGGUGCCCGAAGGUCAGGCUGUCGAAGGCGAAGUACAAGGGGCCGAUGCUGUCAUCGAAGCGGCCCCCGUCGUGGCUGCUCCUGGAACGGUUGUGGAAGGUGUUGGAGUUGUAAAUUCUGAGGGAGUCGUGGUGGCCAAUGACAUUAUGCAACAAACUCCCCCACGAAGGAGACCCCCUCCACCCAAGAAGAAGAGAAGGAGCGGGCCUGGCCGUGGUAAGAAGAAGGUCAUAUUUGCCGAAGGUGCAGAUCAGAGCGCCCAGGUGUCCGGUGCCGGCUCCAAUUUACUGGCAGUCGCAAAUCUUAAGCAAGAAGGGUCUGUGGAGCCAUCAGAGGGUGGCGACACCCCUAUGCCGGAUGCCGGAGACGAAGAGGAGGGCUCGGGCGAAGAGGGGUCCGAAGAUGAAGAUCAGGAAGAAGGGACACAUUCGCCACCACCUACAGAAGUUCCAGUACCCGCGGCGCCCACAAACCUUCCAGAUAAACCUGCCGCACAAUCGCCCGUCAAAUCUCAGAUCGAGGACACGAUCAUGGCCGAUGUCGAACCCGCCUUAGACCCUCCAAUCGUCGUAGCAGAGACAUCAGCAGCCCCUGUCGCCUCAGAGGAAAGCAAACCCUCCCCACCGUCAAAAGCAGAACCAGAACAGGAAAGAAAGACGUCAGCCGAGCCCAAACGCGACCAAUCUAGCUCACCAGAGAUGCCUUUGUCGACGAUUUCACAUAGCAGGCAGAACUCUCUUACUCAAGUACCAACUAUUGCCGCUCUCGAGACGACAGAAGCGCCGGAACCUCCUCCCGCGCCUACCCCUGUACCUACCACAGUCGAAGUGCCCGCAUCUACCACAGUCGAAGUGCCCGCAUCUACCAUCGAACCUGCUCUUGAGCCAACUGUUGAAUCCACAACUGAGCUCACAGCUGAGCCUACGACUGAGCCUGUCGCUGAGCCUAUAACUGAGCCUGUUACUGAGCUUACAACUGAGCCCAUAGCCGAGCCUCCAGUGGUACCCGCAAUUGAGCCCGCCGUUGAACCCAUAGUUGAACCCGCAGUCAAAUCCCCGACCGAACCUAUUCAAGAAACGCCUUCAUCCGAGUUACCAGUCCCGAUAUUGGAACCGCCACUCCCAUCAGCGCCUACGGAGAUGGAGGCACAGCCAACAGAAAGUGAAGCUCCAUUGGAUACUCAGGAUCAAGCUGCGGUGGAAGCUCAGGUACCGGCUGCAACAGAGGUCAUCGAGAAGACACCAGCUGGUACGACGCCAGAGGUUCCACCGCAACCGGAGAUCCCACAAGAAAUUCCAGUAGAACAACCGACAGGACUCCCAGCCAAACCUCCUGUAGCUGAUGAUGUAAUUGCCCAGACCGAAGCACCAGAAGAGACGCCUGCUUCUACCGAGGCGCCAAAAGAAGUUGAGGCGGAUGACAGUGAGCCCGAUCUUCUGGGCAGCCUGGAACGACACCUCGAAAAAGAAAGGGAGACCAUGGGUUAGGAAGCCAAUGAAGCCAAUGAAGCUAACAUCUUCAGCAGCCUGGAACGGCACCUCGAAAAAGAAAGAGAGGCUAUGGGUUAGGAAUCCAAUGAAGCUAAUAUCUUCAGCAGCCUGGAAAGUUACCUCGAACGGAAGCUUAAGUCUCCAGAUUGACCCCCAAGAAGUAUGAUAAUGGUCAGGCCAGCCUUGGAGUGCAGUCUCAGUGGUGUCGAUUGAUAAUCUCUACAUAUAUUGGUAUGUCCACCAUUUUGGUUAGACAUCAAGAUGUUGUUGCGGGGGCAGUAUUUAUAUCCUUGUAAGAUAAUGUGCGAAGUGGGCAUGGGCAACGCGCCAUGGCUACUGUCUGGUUCUUUGUGGUUUUUGGCAGAUUUUUC